UUUUAAACCACUUACUCAAUUUUUAAAAGUAUGGAUCCAGAACGCAACGUUAAACGUCUUCGUAAGCUUUUCGGAGUAUCGCGGACAAUUCUUAAGAGGGCAGCUCGCCGACCUAGCAUAAGUGACCAGGAAAGUGAAGAGCAGCAACGUAAGAGAUUUCAAAUGCUGCGUGAAUUACGGCAACAACGAAUAUCUAGUCUUGGUGCCAAUCAACGAUACGUAUUAGAGAUUUGUGCAGAUAUGAUUGGUAUAGAUACUGAAGAAGUAGUAACUGGCAUAGUUGACGAAAAUAUUUAUGUCGAUAAUUUGAAUGGACUAUUUGAAGCAAAGGGGCCAAUGGCUGUAAUGUUGAGCAACGCUCCUAUGAUUGGUUAUCCCGUUGACUCAGGACGUUAUCAAGAUAAACUACGACAUACGGAAGUACAUCGAACUAUAUGCUUAACUGCUAGUACUGUAAGAUUGAUCGGUAAGUGGAUGGUGGUAUAUCGGCAACAAAAUGAAAAGGCAAUUGAAAAUCGCUCCGUAAGCGAUGAAGUGGCUAUGUUUAUGAUUAAUGCAGAAGGCCCUGAUUCAUGCUUAAAUGUCGUCAAGACAUUUGUCGAGCAAGUGCUUAAGCCAUCUAUUGAAGCUGUUACAGAUUUUGGACUUGCUGAAAAGGAGCAAUUACAAAAGUUCUUCCAUAUUUUAAAUAUGUACAAUACAUUUCUGAAGUCGUCGGCUGCAAUAGUAUCUUCUCGUGUCAACUUUGACGUUUCGCAUGAUCUCUUUAAAGGAUUUUUAUUAGCACGAUGGCAAAUUGAAGCUAGCUCAAAAAUUGUGAGCCGUGUGAGGCUAGUAGAACGGUAUUUUGAGAAAUGGUUACGGCAGAUUCAAGGAAUACUAGUUGAAGGAAAGCAAAUACAGCGUGAUCCUCCUGACGUCGGGCCAUUACACAUGUUAGUCAACUGGCGCCAAAUGUUAGCUAAGCUAACCUCUAUUACAGAAUUUGUAACUUCUCGUGCUUUCAAUAACCACAAAGAUUGCCUAACAUUAUCGCGUUCUUCAAAGCUUCUUAAUCGGUGGGAUAAAAUCGAUAACCAGGUAACAUUAGCGUUAAACGAAGCAAAAGAUAAUGUUCGUUUUAUUUCAUCAUUACAAAAAUUUUGGGACCCACUAUACAGGUCAUCACCAGAUGAAAUUAUAAGUAGUUUACCGGGACUAAUGGUUGCAAUCCGCAAUGUUUGCAAAACAGCACAUUAUUUUAAUACUUCAGUCAAUUUGACUGGACUCAUGGUCAAAAUAUCUAAUCAGCUUACUAUUACCAGCAAAAAUUUUAUAACUGAUAAUGAACAUCGUAGCCUUUGGGAGAUAUCUUCAGUAGAGAUUAUCGAAAAAAUUGAAAAAUGUAGAGAUGUUAUGGAUCACUUCAAAAACAUAUAUAUAAACACCGUAGAGGAAAUGAAAAAUAGUAAUGAAAGACCAUGGACUGUAUCUUCAGUUUACAUAUUUACAUGUUUAGAAAAAUUUCUUCAUCGCCUGGAAAAAAUAAAGUGUAUAGCAAAUACCGAAAUAAUAUAUUCAAUUUUGGAUCGCAUAUUAAUAAGUGGAAUGGAAAAAUUUAAUACGAUGAUAAAAGCUGCUCGUAUAACUAUAAGUAGUAAACUGUAUGAUCCCUUAAAUUAUCGCAUUGAAACAUUUGAUACAGAUUUUGAAAAAUUUGUUAAAGAGGUUGAAGUAGCAGAGGUUGGAAUGCAGCAAUUUGUAAAAUUGCUUACAACUGAAUGUCCAACGGCGGAAUCAAUGAUGUUAAUACUAAAACGUUUUGAAGCAUUGCAUUUAGAGUGCUUGUGUUUGGAUCGAAGAUAUUUUAAGGUUGCCGAAAUGUUAGAAAAGGAAAUGCUUUUGCUCAAGGAUGUAUAUAAUGAGGAACGAGGUAAUCCUUUCAUACCACGUAACUUACCUCCUGUUGCUGGUCGUAUUGUUUGGAUUCGUUCGAUCUUCAAAAAAAUUGAUAUACCAAUGCAAGCGUUAAAGUUACGACAUUGUGUUCUUGCCCACAAAAAAGCACAGCGCACAGUUCGCUACUAUAACUACAUGAAUGGGAUUGUUUGUCAUUAUGAAAUGGCUUAUCAUAAAGCUUGGUUUGAUUACGUUGAGGAAGUGCGAUGUGCUCUUAAUGCUCCCAUUUUAACUAUUAAUAAAGACGAAGCUCUAUAUACCAUAAAUUUAGAUCGGUCUAUUUUGCAACUUAUAUCUGAAACCGAAUGGAUGUGGAAACUGCAUUUAGAAGUUCCAAAUAUGGCUUCAACUGUAGCAUAUUGCAAAGAUCGUAUUUUUCAUCCAUUUAAUACUUUAAAACUAACUCUGCAGCGACUCGAUCGUUUACGAUCAUCGUUGACUCCAGUGUUUAUUAAUAUAAUGAGGUUUCGGUUGCAGGAAAUAUCUGUAAUGCUAAAACCUUCUCUCUCUUCGGUGACAUGGAUAUCGAAAAAUUUAGAAGAUUUUGUUGAAAAAGUUUGUAUGAAAAUUCAAGAAGUGGAAAUAUUUUUUGGAUUGAUCUUAGACAUUGAGGAGCUUAGAGUUAUGCAAGAAAUAUAUAAUAUAUCUGAAUUCUUAUAUAUUUACGUUCCCGAUGAACCCGUACCAUCUUAUCAAUUUGUUGAAGAGAGUAAUAAGUUGCGAGCAAAAAUUGAACGCGUACUUGAGAAGAAAUCAAUAUGUAUGGAACGCGCUGUUAUCGACAUUAUAAAUAUGUUUAUUGAUUUGCUAGACUUUGAGCAAUCAGAUUCAAAAGGACGACGUGUAUUUCAGCUACCAGCAGAAAAGCUAAACGAUACUAAUUGGCGGACUGAGGGUUUUUUGCCAAUUGAUAAAUGGGAUUUUAUCCAGUUUCACAAAAUAUACAGAACAAUUUAUUUAGCACCUGACGAUGUACUAAAGACCCUACAAUUUCGGAAUUAUGAGAAUAUACGGUAUGAACUUCAUCAUUUACGUAAUGACUGUAUGGAUCUGUUUUCUUACUAUAACUCCAAAAUUAUUUUGGCCUUGGUUGCUGGAUCUAAACGAUCUUUAGAUUUUGUACGACAAAAUAUACUCAG